GUGGGGGAGGAAGGCAGCGAGCGAGCGGGCGAGGCAGCGACAGAGCCCGGCGGCCACCAUGGAGCUGGCGAUGGAGAACCUGGGCAGCCUGCACGGCGUCCCGCACUCGCAGCCCGCCGAGCUGCUGAGCCCGGCGCACGGGCGACAGGGCUCGCACCGCAACCUGGUGCCGCACGGCCGGCCCGCCAUGGUCUCGGGCAUGGCCUCCAUCCUGGAGGGGGGCGACUACCGCUCCGAGCACAGCCUGGCCACCCCGCUGCACCCCGCCAUGAGCAUGUCCUGCGAGUCACCCUCCGGCAUGAGCCUGAGCAGCACCUACACUACGCUGACCCCCCUGCAGCACCUGCCGCCAAUCUCCACCGUCUCGGAGAAGUUCCACCACCCGCACCACCACCACCACCACCACCACCCGCACCAGCGCCUGGCCGGCAACGUGAGCGGCAGCUUCACCCUCAUGCGCGACGAACGGAGCCUGGCCUCCAUGGGCAACCUCUACAGCCACUACCCCAAGGACAUGCCGGCCAUGGGGCAGCCCCUGUCGCCGCUGCCCAACGGGCUGGGCAGUCUGCACAACGCCCAGCAGCCGCUGACCCCGUACGGUCCCGGGGGUCACUUGUCCAACGAGAAGAUGCUCUCGCCCAACGGCUUCGAUUCGCACGCCGCGAUGCUGUCCCGGGGCGAGGAGCACCUGGCGCGGGGGCUGGCGGCGCCCAGCUCGGCCAUGAUGCCCCCGCUCAACGGGAUGCACCCGCACGGCCACCCGCACCCCCAGCCCGGCGGCUCCCUCCUGGGCGAGCGGGAGCGCCAGGCCUCGGCCACCGGCUCCCAGCCCGGCGGCUCCGGGCAGGUGGAGGAGAUCAACACCAAGGAGGUGGCUCAGCGGAUCACGGCCGAGCUGAAGCGCUACAGCAUCCCGCAGGCGAUCUUCGCACAGAGGAUCUUGUGCCGCUCCCAGGGGACUCUCUCGGACCUGCUGCGGAACCCCAAGCCCUGGAGUAAGCUCAAGUCGGGCCGGGAGACUUUCCGGAGGAUGUGGAAAUGGUUGCAGGAGCCGGAAUUUCAGCGGAUGUCGGCGCUCAGGCUGGCAGCUUGCAAACGCAAAGAGCAGGAGCAGCAGAAAGACAGGAGCCUGCAGCCCAAGAAGCAGCGGCUGGUCUUCACGGACCUCCAGCGCCGCACUCUGAUCGCCAUCUUCAAGGAGAACAAGCGCCCGUCCAAGGAGAUGCAGAUGACCAUCUCGCAGCAGCUGGGCUUGGAGCUCAACACUGUCAGCAACUUCUUCAUGAACGCCCGCCGGCGGUGUAUGAACCGCUGGCAGGAGGAGCCGGGCGCCAACCCUGGAGUCCCCUCUUCGUCUACAAGCACUUUCUCCAAAGCAUGAUGUCCCCUGGCCAUCCCCACCCCUUCCCAAACACCCUCCUCAUGACAAAGCCAACCCCAGACCCACACGCACGUCCCAAGCCCACCGGGGUGGGUGCUUUUGGAUGCUGCGGGUCCAUCAGCCUCUCGAACCCUCAGCUGGGCAUCACCCCUGGAUGUGGCCUCGUGUCACGUCCUGCUGCCAGCUCCCGGAGCGGGGACGGCAUUUGCGGCCGGGUCGGCUCUGUCCCCAGGAGGGCUCGGAGGAAACCCGAGGGGGGACGUGGGAUGGAGGGAGAGGACAAGGUGCUGUUUGGAAGCGUCCCUGGUCCUUGGGGACCACAGGACCUUGUCUUUAACACCCACCAGGGUCUCUGGGGAGAGGGGCACCCCCUGAUUCCCCCACCAACCUUGAUCUCUGCCACAGCCACCCUAACGGCUCCCAAGUGGAGGGGUGAAGGUGGGGGAGACACAAGAAGUGGGGUCAUGGGGCUGAGCUUUGGCACAACCCCACCGGACCAGGGCCAACCCCCUGCGGUUCAGAGGGGGAUGAGAGAGAGGAUGGUCCCCGGAGUUUAGGGGGGUCCCCACAGCAGCCGGCCCCUCUUUGCCAUGGACACACUGGUAUUUCACCCCCACCAAGGUCUCCAAAACCUGACCAAGGACAUUCCGUAGCCCCAGUCUCCUCCAUGGGCAUCAUCCUCUGACCCCCCUGCCCAGGACACCCCCAAGAGCACCCACACUUUCCCCCACCCACCCACGAGAGCCCCCACCCGUCCCCGGACCCCUCCCAGAGAAACACGGCGGCGAAGGAGCCGUGUCGCCGUGCCCGCCCGCCUCCGCGCCCGCGCGUCCCUGAGCCCCGGCGGCGGGACCGCGCUGCACCGCGCCGCCUGCCGCCCAAGCAGGUCAAAGAAGCACAUUUUAGCUACAGAAAUCGGGUAUUUGAAAAUAGAAGAAUGGUUGGAAAGGAGACGGGAGGAGAGACUUGCAGCGAAGGGUCCGAUCUGCCCUGGUGACCGGCUCCGCCGCCCGCCAGCGGAUUUCUGGUUCACUUGUCGGUCGAGGAAUGGACUCAAAGCAGAUCUGCUGGCUUUGUGUCUCGCCCCAUCCAUCCCUUGACACACAAUGUUGUCCCACCCGUCCCCUCCCAUUUUCAUCUCUGCUACCAAAGAAAUGACAAAACCAAAAACCCGACAACAGCAAAAUUCCCUCCUGGGCACCGACAUCGGUGUCUGGUGGGAAAAGACGAAUCCGAGGGGUCUGGUGGCGACAUCAGCCCUGGGGCGGGAAGGGGAGAGCUCCCGGUGGGGCCGAAAGGGAAAACACCAAACAGCCUCCCCCGCAGGAAUAACAACGGAAACCACGAGCAAACAAGCUCAACGCAAAGACCAACUUACCGAGCUUACCAACUUACCAAACCUACCAACUUAACUUACCAAACCUACCAACUUACCAACUUACCACCUUACCAACUUACCAAACUUACCAACUUACCAAACUUACCACCUUACCAAGCUCAACUUACCAAAAAAGACGCCAGAUUUUUUUUUUUUUUUUGUGCCAAUUAACAACCUGCCUUAAAACGCGAUUUCCGGAGCGAUGGUACUGGAAAACGGUGGUUUUCUCCGAGCUCUCGAUGGUGACUCGUGCCAUACAAAAAGCAAUCAGGAGGCCAGAGCCUCGCGCCCAGCGCUGGCCAACGACGGCUCCGUCCAGCCCCGUGUCCCUGGGGGGCCGCGGGGAGGGGGCAGGGCUGGCAGAGGAGUGGGAUGGGGGGGCCCGUCCCUUCUGCCCCCACCACCUGGGAAAAGAGAAAAAAUCCUCCAAAACCAACCAUCAACCAAAAAAAGAAAGGGACACUGUUGAAUUUAUGCGGGUAAAUAGUGAAAUAGUACCAUCUGUGUUGUAGCGCUACGGUUUCUUCGAUUCACUUUACUUUGAGAGCGAUCUGCUGUGUAACUGGAAGGCACCUUGUUGAAAAGAAGGAAAAGAAGACAAACAAAGUGUUUGUGUUCACCAAAAAAGCACCCAAAAAAAGAGAAAAGGACAAAAGAAUGAGAGAGGGAAAGAAAGAGAUGAAAACAAACGUGUGCAAGGAGCGCCGCCGGCGCGGUCACCGGCGCAGUCACCGGCGCGGUCACCGGCGCGGUCACCAGCGCGGUCACCGGUGCGGUCACUGGCGUGGUCACCGGUGCGGUCACCCAGAGCUCCGGCCGGUGGGGAGCUGGAGGUGUCGGACUGGACACAGCCGCACCAAAUCAAACCGGUUUGUUACUGGGAGGAGAGGGCGGGAAGAGGGAAGGGGCAGGUGCCGCGACGUAUUUUGCCAACACAACCCAAAAACGUAACAGCAAAGCGAAUCUCACCCCCCGGACCCAGCUCCCCACCAAAUGACCUUUUCUUUUCCCCUAAUGUUGUUUCUUGUCUUGUCGUGACAUGGUGACGAUGGUGGUGGAUUCCCGAACCCCAUCGAGUAGUAUUGAAGGGCUGCAAAGCCAGGAGGGGGGGCCUUGGUUUGGGAAGGGAAAACACAGAAAAGAAAAAACAUUUAAAAAUGGAAAAAAAGGAAAAGAAAAAAAGAAAAGAAAAGAAAACCAAGAAUAAACACCACAGGCCCUCAAGGAUGCAAAGACAUUUCUAGUGAGAACCCGAGAAUAAAGGCUACCUCACUUGAGUUUUCAAUGUUGUGAUUUGAAAAUCACGUCUGAUACCAAAGAUUUUGUUGCCUUGUCUGGUCUGUGCUGGAAACGCCACUUUCCCUGCCCCCCCGGCCGAGACCCCGUCACCCCAGGCCCCGUCGUGUCCCCAGAGAGCGAGGGAGAGGGCGAGCGCGCCCGGGAUGGCAGCGUGCGCGACGAGUGCCUUUUUCUUGUACCAAAGGUGUGUGGCCAUUUCUCUGCUCCUCCAGACCCCCCGUGCCCUCGGCUCUCUGAGGGGGACGAAUUUGGGCAACUGGGAUGGGAUGGAGAAGAAUCAACCCCAACCCAUGUCCCAGUUGAAGAUAAAAUGGCCCCUGUGCCACACGCUGUGGGAAAGGUGCUGGUUCCCCAGCGUGUCCCCCCUCUCAGAUGUCCCCAAGGUCCCUCCACCUGGCCCCUCUCACCCUGUGAGCGCUUACCUGGUGUCCAGGUCCCUUCUGGAGGGACAUCGCUCCCAGGAGCCUCUGCUCCGCGUCCCUUGCUCGGCACUGGGACCCUGUGGAAGCCCAUGGGAUGAAGGUGCAGGUUCCAUCUUGAGAUGUUUCUUCCUGGCUCAGCUCAGACCUCGGCCCAAGUUUCCCUUUCCAGGGUUUCUGGCAUUUUUGGCUGGAAAGACAGAGGUGGGAACAGCAGAAAACCUCACCCUGGGCCAACCCCGUCCUCUAGGGGUGGGCCUGGAAACAUGAAAUCCCUCAGCAGGAGCAGUUCCCAGGUCCUUGAAGGGGCAUUUUUGGCUUGUUGGGGUGGAUGGGCACAACUGAGUCUUCUCCACAGUUUGGCUUUAGCAGAAGUCAGCGGGAGGACCCGCCGGAGAAGCUGCUUUGCCACAGCAACCGCCAGAAUGCCCCGUUUAGGGAAACAUUGGGUUGGAUUGUUCCUACUUGGUCCAGGCUCCAGCGCAGGUGCUUUGAGCGGGACCGAACUCCCCCGGCGCUGACCCCGCUGGGUUCUCCGUCCGCUGGGCAACCCGGUGAGCGGGUCACAGUGUCCCCAGCCCCGUCCCCUCCACACUGUUGUCUUGGCCAGAUGUUCCCCACCCACACCCGAUCCCCCAUGGCUUGUGAUACCAAAGACGUUCUCUAUGCAGGAGAAAGCCUUCUUUCCACCCAGCACAGACCUUACAAGCCUUUGACAAUGUUCUCUGAAAUACCUCAAAAUAUUUAAUGUAUAGUUUAUGUGAUAAAAAAAAAUUACUUAGCUAGUUUUUGGAAUUUGUGACUUGAAGCUUUAUACUGUUAAAUUAUAAUUUUGCAGAAGACGGCAUGUUCUUAUUUCUUUGACGCGUUCAAUGGGAGACAUAUUGAAUGUUAAGGAAAUGAAAGCUGGAUAGUUUCACGAUUUAAAAAAAGAGAGAAAGAGAGAGAGAAAGAGAGAGAGAAAGAUAAAAAAGGACCCUUGGAGUUUACAGAUUUCAUAUUUAAACAAGUCCUUUUAAAAAAAGAAAAAACCUAAUAACGGUGGCGAUACCUUUGCGUUCAGAUGUGUUACUUUUCUCUGAGUCAUGUCGUACAAGAGUAUUUAUUAUAUGUGUUCUGUGUUCAAAUGUAAUUUAAAGAAGAGAAAAAAAAGACAAAAAAAAAAAGACAAGAUGAGAAUUUGAUUUAUGCAUGAAAAAAUAUACUCUUUCUUGAAGUAAUGUAAUGAUUACUGGGGAGGGGUGGGCGGGUGGGAGCGGGAGGGGACGAGCUGUGCUUUUGUCCACGAGUUUUCGGUUGUGAGAACUUCUCUGCAUGGGUCACCUUUGGGUUCUACGUUACUUUGACGUUACUUUUCCAGCUCACGCCGCCACGGGACAGGUGUCAUUACCGCCCGCCUUCCUCCCUCGCCUCGUUGCUUUCCUUCCUCACCCUGAACUCGCCUGGGGGGCCGGAGCUGCCCUGGAGGACGGGGCACCCGGCCCCGUGUCCCCAAACAGGGUCAGGGCAUCUGGGACACGGGACCCCGGCGUGCGCCCCAACCCCCCACGGGGUCGGGCUCCUCGCCGUGCUUUGGGUUUGGUUUUUGUAUUUUUAGGGUUUUUUUUCUUUUUGAUGGGUCAAAUCCCAACACAGAUGAGAGGACAGACAAUCAGCUGCCAUGACCUGCGCCAGCAAAGCCGCGGGCUCCUCGUGUGCUCUGAGACAAGGGAACGUCCCCCCAAAGACACCCCAAACGCCCCCCAGGGCUGAAACCUUUCCGGACGAUGCCCCAGGUCCCUGUCCCUCGGGGUGCCCUCGCAGCCCUGCCUCUGGCCUUGCCCGCACAGAAAGAGGCGCUGGAGACGGUGCUACCUCAACGCCCACCCAGACCCAGGGCUGGACUCAAGUGACCCGUUUCCAAGGGCUUUUUCCCCAAGGAUGUGGCUCAGCUCAGAGGCAGCACCCAACACACAGGGUCUGUCCCCACCAGGCUUUCCCAUGUCACCCAGCCCGGCGCUCAACCUGCAUGGGGACACCCACUCUGAUCAAAGGAGGAGGAAGAAGAAGAGUCCAACGAGUGGAAAAGGUCCUGGAGAAGCCCAGCGCACCAGCAGGUCCCAGGGGACUUUGGGAUGUCACCUUGCCUGCCCAGACAGCCAGGGGACUUUCUGCAAAUGCCCAGAGAGGCCCCCGCACAGCUGUGCAGCCCCUGCUCUUCCUCCCCUCUCCUCCUCCUCUCCUCGCCCCAGGACCGUGGGAGAGCAGCGGGGAGGAGUCGCGUCUUUGGAGCUCCGGAAGGCGAUGGGGGCCUGGAGGUGGCAGCAGUACCUGCUGCUUUCUGCUUCCUCACCGUGACCAGAGCACUUACCUUAAACGGCUGAUUCCUCAGCCCUCUCCAGCCUCUUCAUCUCUCCAUCCUUCACCUCCAUCACUAGACGUGGUCCCAAAGCUCAUCCCAUUGCAAGGAAAGAUCUCAGCCUCUUCGGGCCCUACCAGAGUGGCCACCAAAGAUAGGGGUCUUAAUCUGCAUCUCUAACACGGUGUCUCUGCAGCCUUCAUGGCCAGUGCUGAGGUGCUCAGUACCAGGUGGUGGUGGGAGACAUGGGACCCGCUGAUCGAGGACCUGCGUUUUAGGAAGAGAUGGUAUUUAUUGCAACAGCACUGUUCAUCUACAACCAAACCUCCUGUGCUUCGGGGAGCUCUGCAUCCCCCUGUGCCCCAGCUCCUCCUACGAGACAUUUUCCAGCUUUGGUGCUUGGAGCUGAGACCUCGUUUCCAACUGCAAGACGGUCUUACCAGGCUUGGGUGCGACCCGCAGUCACGAGUCCUCAGACCAGCUGGUUUCCACCACAAAGCAUGAACCAAGUGGCUUGGGAAGCCCGGAGAACCCAGGAGCAGAGUGCUCGCCCUUGUCCUGGACCCACGGACCAGCCUCGCGCCCUGCCUGCUGCCACAUCCACCAAAACACCUUGAGGAGCAACUUGCCACGAUACCAAAGAUUUUUUUCCCACAGGUAAUGACAAUCUGAGCUCGUCCUGAAGACAAUUCUCUUGACCAAGGUUGCCCCAAAGGGCGUUUUUGUGCUGUGGGGAGCAGGAGAAAACCUGGGGCCGCGGGGGCACCUCUGAGGGCGAUGGAGAGUGGAUGGCUGGAGGGUGAUGAAGAGGAGGGGACCCAGUGUGUCCCGCUGGGACCUGCUGGUUCAGCCUGGCCACCGUGUCCUACUGCAGUUGUGGAAGUUUCGGGAACUCAGGUCAUUUCAUAACCCGUGACGCCCCCAGGCGCUUUGGUUUGACCUUGGGUGGAUAUUUUCCACUGACGGCUUUUGUGCUUUGCAAACCCACUGCUGGCAGAGAUGUCCCUGUCCCCUGGGGCAAGCAGGAGCAGCGAGGGCUCCUGGGGACACCAGCAUGGGCUUUAGCCAUUGUCACCCUGCUGUGGCGCAGCCGGGGCCGAGCUGUCCCCGCUCCACUGACGGGACACUGACACGGAGCAGGAGCUCUGAGCACAACCCUUUUCCUGAGCAUCCGGAGCCGGGGGGAAGACAAUGGGCCCCUCGUUACCUCUCUUCUCAAGCUGCUUUGGACACGCGAAGGUGCCGCUGGGCUGGGCUGGCGGCCGUCACCGCAGCGUCCGCCGCCCUGUCCCAACCCGGCUCCUCUUCCCUUGUCUCAGAGGCGCCGGAGCCACCACGGCGCUGGCAGCCGGCGCUGGGGCUGGAACCGUGGGUGCUGCCACGUAGGUGAUGGUUCCUUGUCUUUGUUUGGGGUUUUUAAAGAGAGGAAAUUAAAAAUGCAAAGAACAACAUUCAGGUUUUAGGUUUGGGGUUGGUCUUCUGUUUUUCUACUUAUUUUAUUUUACUUUUUUAUUUUAUUUUUAAUUGUCCCCCUUAAAUUCUAAAGCAAAAAGAGCUCAGACAGAAUUAGUCCUGGCCAGAAAGAACCGGCACGCGGGCCGGCCGCUCCAGCCACCUCUGGUGACCAUCACCCAUUUUUCUGUACAGCAAUAGGCCACACUCGCCCUCCUCCCGUGUGGUCCGAGGGCCACAUCUCCGAGUUUUUAAAUGACUUUUCCUCUUGAUUAAAUUGAUUUGGGUUUUUUUUUGCUGCUGCUUCAUUGUUACUCUCAUGGGAUAGGUUUUCCUCUACAGCGAAAUGCAGUUGUUACUCCUCUGUGUCUUGCAACUCUAUUUGUUUAAGCUACUUACAAACAUUAAAAAAGAGAAAACCAAAACCCAAGAGUCCUGUGUGUCGGGCACUUUAUCCGAACCUGCGUGUCCCGGAGCUCGCUCCUUGUUCUUCGCAACGACUCAGGCGGGGAAAUCGCCAGGAAACUGAACCCCAGCCCGUCAACGGGUUUCAAAAGAGAAAACAGCAACAACAAAUGAAUCCCUGUUUGUGCAUCCUCUGCCACUCCUGACCGUGUUGUGUUCCUGCAGCUUUCUGUUUCCUCAAUAAAUCAUUUUCUAGUCAUCCACCCGGUGUGUGUCCCGGUGACGCCCGUGGGCCGGGAGGGGGACACGCCGGGGAGCAGCCCCGGCUCAGCCGUCGGCUCCUAAACCCAGCCUGGGAGCGUCGGGGGCACCGGGGAGCAGCAGGAAGGGCUCUCCCCCGUUUGCGCCCGGCAGCCGCCGCAGCGGGAGCAUUCCCGCAGGACGCCCCGGUACUUCUG